UAACUGAACUGGCGUGGUGCCUUAUGGCAAUACGUGAAACAGCAUGCAUUGUGAUAUAGGAUAUCGGGUUUCAUUUUAAUUUACACUGUGUUGAAGUUCUUUGUUGAUUUGUAUUCUAGUUUUCAUAAUUCUCUACACUUCAUUUUUGGGAUCAUUUGUUGCCUAUUGAAAUGUUUGUGAAAAUUGUUAGCAUGGUUUUGCUUCUGCUUGUCAGUGAACGAAUCCAAGCCGGCAAGGCGAAAAAGUGUGGGUACCCCUUCAGGAUGCUGGGCGACAACUGUUACUAUUUCAGUACAGACAAGGCCACCUGGGACGAGGCUUAUGUAAACUGUGUUCACAAAGGUGGUUAUUUGGCGAACUUGGAAACUCUUCAUGAAUACCUAAUUAUUAGGUAUCAACUCGCCGGGAUAAAAAAUGGUCAAAAUUAUGCUAUUGGAGGACGAGAUUUCAAUCGCGAAAAAAAGGGUAGCGACUGGAGGUGGGUCGGAUACGAUCGGGUUUCUAGGAUGUCCUACUUUGCGUUUGGGCCAAGUGAACCAAAUGGUACCAAAGGAUCUCCAGAGCUUUGUCUUUGGUUAUACGCUGGCUAUAAAUAUCAAUUUAUAGACGUCGCAUGUACCUCUGUCGCGCGUUACAUUUGUGAGAAAUAAAGAUCUUUGACAGCGUA